GUUCUAAUGUGAAGAAAUGGGAGAAAAACUAAGAUAUGGAACAGAAGGAUUCCACAACGAGUUUUCUGAAUUCUGUGUCGCGAAUACAUCAAUAUGUAACAACAAAUUUUCACCAAAAUUGGUGUUUGGACGACGUUCUGACAGUGAAAAAAAAUUAAGUGUACAAACCAUGGCUAAUCCGUCAGUUCUGCCACGCAUGAUUGGUACAGGUCAUCCAAAAAUAAUGCAUCUAGGAUUUAAGGAAUCUAACAGAAAGAAACCGAGAAAACUUCCCGCAACCUCCACGGGUACCGUGAAAAAACACGCACUUGAGAAGUCGACAUCAUUCUAUGAAACAAAUCGGUUGAGCGAAGAACCACUUUACCUAUCUGUUCAAUCGCAAAGGGAUCUUGUCCAAAAUCUAUGUUCUAAUUCGAUACCCAAGUUAAAAACAUAUGAAAUCGACAAGGACUGCGUGAGUCUCAACUCCGAGAAGUUAGUGUACCGAGUGAUUCAUCCAGUCAACAUUCAGCUUCUCACUGCGAGAGUGGGGCGCGUUACCAUGGAUCUGGCGGACUAUAUCAGCAAGGAAACAGUAGGAAAGCAACCAACUCACAGACAGUCAAAUGUCUUGCCGAAAGCUCCCAAAUGCCCAUUAGAUGCCCUAACCGACAUUUACCUCAAAGCCAUCGCUGCACAAGAAAUUCCCUAUCCAAAAUGUCAAAGCCUGCCCAAAAUCCAAUCGGAUCGUCCUCCAGUGACAUCCCUUGGAGCCAGUUACCGCACACCCAGACGGUACCACACGAAAGCCGGAAAACUGUUUACCGUUCAUCCGCAUUGCGCUCGGCGUCGUCCAGUGUCCACUAUUUUGGACUUGGAAAUAGCUUUAUCAAGUGCCAAGAAGAAAGCGCCAACAGCUAAACAAACUAGGAGACGAAACAAAUCAAGCCUGAGCUUGUCUUCCAGAUCAACAGUUCCCAUCUACUCAAAUCCUUUGAGGAAAUCAGACAAGAAGGUUGCAAAAACCAGAAAACCAAAACUUUUUCCUCAAGAAGUAUCGCAACAUAGGUCUGACAGCCCCGAAGCUCCAUCGAGUUUUAUGUUGGAAGAAGCAGAGACAACAUCGGAAGACGACGUCAUGGCAGACGAUGAUUUUCUUACAGUUUCGCAAGCCGACAAGGAGAGUCAAUGGGAAGCUACUUCGAUUGGCACAUUAUCACCGAGGAAGACUCAAAGUGACAGCAAAUUCCUAGAGGGGAAAAGAUCCAGCACGAUAGUAAUACCUCGACGAAGCGUAUAUUUCAAAAUGAGGCAAAUGUUUCGGUCGCAGCAGUUGAAUGAGCUCUGUAGGCUAUCGAUUGUCUCAAACGAUCCUGAUGGACUCAACAUUUUGCGGCGUCUGUUGCAACUUUUGAUAGUCGAAUGCAACCCACGGGCAACCUAUUAUCGAUACAGACAAGAUCGCCAGAUUCUUUUCGGAUUAAGCCUUGCAGAACUAAGUAAAAAUUACAGCCCACAAGCUGUGAAAGAAAUUCAACGACGGUUGGUCCGAAUAUGUCACAGAUCCGAAGUCGUUCUGAACGAUCAGGAGUCAAUGUACUAUCUGCAGCAGCGACUGGAAGAGAUACAUAAGAACAAAAUUCUCCAAAUGGAAUCAGCUUUGGAGCAACAAGAAUUUGAACGUUUUCGAUUCCUGCUUUCCCAAAACACUCAGAACAGGGAUGUGUUAGAGGCAGAACUAUUACGGCGCGGGAAAUGUAUCUAUCACCAGCUUUGUAACAAUCCGGUUAUUUUGAUGCCGAAAGUGCAACGAGGAAAGAAGUCACUGCCGGUGUUUUCGGUCAACCCAACUUGGAACAGAUACAAAGAUUGUUACAUGAAAGAAGACGUUUUGCUACCAAAACGAGAGGUUUUAGAGGGCCAGGAUCUGUCUCCUGAACAGUAUACCAAGUCACAAACAGCAAAACUGGCUUGGAAGGACAAACUAGAUUUUCGUCAUUCCUCUAUGAGUAAAGUCCACACGAAGCUUUUACCAAGAGAUUCCUGGACAAGUGACAUACCUUCUGGUGGAGAAGAAGUCAGAUAUUCCCAGCAGCCCCAGAGAACUCGUUAUUUCCUACCAAAACGUUCCGUAAUACACGAACAGAUGAGACCCUCACUGAACUACUUCACCGAUACAGACGAAGAAACAACUGAAAAUAUUCUGCAAGUCUAUCAGGCAGCUCAGCAUCUGCUCAAAGCAGCUCGACUAGAAAACAUAUAUGUGCUGUCAGUACACACCAGUGGAACUUCUGAAGGCAAAGGACUGGAAGGACUGAAGGGAUAAACACAAUCUGAGCAAUAUUCCGGGUCUAUGCAACGACUUCACGACAAACAUGUUCGCAUUAGGAAACUUAUUUUGUUGCAUCCAUCUCGACCUUUCCUGGAAAAUCAUGUACUUCAAUGUACUCUAGGUAAAAAAAUAUACUCAAGGGCCAAAACCUUUAAAAAGGCAGGAAUAUCUUUGCCUGUGUAAGAAUGUAUCUGGCG